AAACAUACUUCACUUAUUCAUCUGUAAAAUAAGUUUUGUCCAACCAAAUUUUGGAAGAUGGCCAAGAGAAAUGUUGCUGCUAAUUCUUUUGAAAGGACAAGCUUGGCUUCCCUGGAUCAAAAGUUGGCCUUGGCCAAGCGCUGUUCUCACGAGGGUGUGAUGGCAGGAGCCAAGGCAGCUGUUGUUGCUACUAUUGCCACUGCCAUCUCAACUCUGGCUAGUGUGAAGAUGCUACCUUGGGCAAAAGCAAAUCUCAAUCACAGUGCUCAAGCUCUCAUAAUUUCCACAGUGGCUGGAGCAGCUUAUUUCAUCGUAGCAGACAAGACCGUUUUGGCAACUGCAAGAAAGAACUCCUUCAGCCCACCCUCCAACCCAUGAAUUCCAAAUCUGACAACUUUGGAUAUGUGGAGUUUAGCUGCAUUACAUUGAACUAUCUUAGCUUCAACCCAAUGAACGAACUCGUCAUGUAUAUGCAUUUCAAAUAAAGAAAGAUUUGCAUUUCCAUGUAUAGUGAGAGAUCAAAUAUUUUUCGAUUAUCAGUUAUGUGAAUGCAAAUCGUUGGCAUUUCUUGUACCCAA